AGCUCACAUGAGCUGCAGUCAUGUGACUGUCUCACAUGACUGCAGCAAUAAAAGAAAGAGGCGGACCGUUUCACAAUCACAGGUUGUUGACGGGCAGUCACUGGACAGAGGAACCUGGAGCUAAACAUUCAUCAGGUUCACACCAACAGCAGGCAAAAUGUGGCGUGCAGCCUUCCUGUUACUAGCUGCCAGCUUGUCGGUGAGCCUGGCCAGACCUCGUCUUCAACCACUGUCCAGUGAGAUGAUCAACUACAUCAAUAAGUUGAACACUACCUGGAAGGCUGGUCACAACUUCCAUAAUGUCGACUACAGUUAUGUCCGGAGACUCUGCGGUACGAUGCUAAAGGGACCUAAACUGCCUGUCAUGGUUCAGUAUGCUGGAGGCAUGAAGCUGCCGAAAGAGUUCGACGCCCGAGAGCAGUGGCCCAACUGUCCCACUCUGAAGGAGAUCAGAGACCAGGGCUCCUGUGGAUCCUGCUGGGCGUUUGGCGCUGCAGAGGCCAUCUCCGACCGUGUGUGUAUCCACAGCGAUGCCAAGGUCAGCGUGGAGAUCUCCUCAGAGGAUCUGCUGACCUGCUGCGACAGCUGUGGCAUGGGAUGUAAUGGUGGCUACCCUUCAGCUGCCUGGGACUUCUGGACCAAAGAGGGUCUGGUCUCUGGAGGCCUCUAUGACUCCCAUGUUGGUUGUCGUCCCUACACCAUCGCCCCCUGUGAGCACCAUGUGAAUGGAAGCAGACCCCCCUGCACUGGGGAGGGUGGAGAAACACCCCAGUGCCUUUACCAGUGUGAAGCUGGAUACAAACCUAGCUACAAAAAGGACAAGCAUUAUGGUAAAACUUCAUACACCGUGCUGUCCGAAGAGGAGCAGAUUCAGAAUGAGAUAUACAAGAACGGUCCAGUAGAGGGUGCCUUUACCGUCUAUGAAGACUUUGUGCAGUAUAAGUCUGGUGUGUAUCAGCAUGUGUCUGGGUCUGCUGUGGGCGGCCACGCCAUCAAGAUCCUUGGCUGGGGGGUGGAGGAUGGUGUUCCCUACUGGCUCUGCGCCAACUCCUGGAACACUGACUGGGGUGAUAACGGAUUCUUUAAAUUCCUGCGUGGAUCAGAUCACCUGUGUAUUGAGUCUGAGAUUGUGCAGGAAUCCCAAAUAAAAUUUUUUUAAGGUUUUGAGCUGCAGUAUCAUUACAUAAUCACUAGAGGGUGACACACUCCACUUGUGUACUCUGGAGCUCUGACCACGUUCAACUGCUUUCAGUCCUGAUAGUUAAAGCUCACUAAUCACUUUGCUACACAUGGCAUGUGGUUUUCUUUCCACAGCAGACAGAAAAAAACUCAAGAGCAACCUUUACUUCAUUUAGGUGGAUUAGCGGAUGGAGUAUGACAUCAACUAUGUGCCUGAGGACAAAUCACCAUUGUUUAAUUGUUUUUUGUUGUGUUUUUUUUAUGAAUUAGCUGCUGGGAGGCCUUCUUUGACCUCCCUUUUUUUUUUUUUUUU